AUGAACCGAAGCCCCGGUCCCGAUAGUCGACAGUCAGGGCGAAGGCUCCCUUUACUCUGGGUCAGGCUGGCAGGUGUCUGGCUGGGCCGAGACGACAGGGCUGGCGCCAGCUCCAGCGGGCUUACUCCCGCAUCCGGGGCAGUUGGGCUAUAUGCACUUAGGGGGCCCCGCGUCCCGGAGUGCGGGCUUCGCUCUCCGCUCUCACCGCGCUCUUUCUGUCUCUGCCCGACUUCUGCAGACGAAUCCGCAGCCGAUACCGGCCAGAGCUUCCUGUUCGACGUGUCCAGCCUUCCCGACGCCGACGAGGUGGUGGGAGCCGAGCUGCGCGUGCUGCGCCGCGAGUCCCCGGAGCUGGGCCCCGGCAGCGCGACUCCCCUUCCGCUGCUCCUGCUGUCUACGUGCCCCGGCGCCGCCCGAGCGCCCCGCCUGCUGCACUCGCGGGCCGCCGAGCCCCUGGCCGGAGCGCGCUGGGAGGUGUUCGACGUGGCGGACGCAGUUCGGCGCCACCGCCAGGAGCCGCACGCCACCCGCGCGUUCUGCCUCUUGCUGCGCUCAGUGGCCGGGCCCUCGCAGGGCCCGUUGGCACUGCGGUUGCUGGGCUUUGGCUCCCGGGGCAGGGACGGCGCGGCGGCCGAAGAGCGCGCUCUGCUCGUGGUUUCCUCCCGCACGCAGAGGAAGGGGAGCCUGUUCCGGGAGAUCCGCGCCCAGGCCCGCGCGCUCGGGGCCGCGCUGGCGGCGGAGCCGCCGCGGGACCCGGGACCCGGCACCGGGUCGCCGACAGCGGUCAUCAGCGGUCGCAGGCGGCGGCGGACGGCGCUGGCCGGGGCGCGGGCGACGCAGGGCAGCGGCGGGGGCGGGGGCGCGGGCCGGGGCCACGGGCGAAGGGGCCGGACCCGCUGUAGCCGCAGGCCGCUGCACGUGGACUUCAAGGAGCUGGGCUGGGACGACUGGAUCAUCGCGCCGCUGGACUACGAGGCGUACCACUGCGAGGGCGUUUGCGACUUCCCGCUGCGCUCCCACCUAGAGCCCACCAACCACGCCAUCAUUCAGACGCUGCUCAACUCCAUGGCGCCGGACGCGGCGCCGGCCUCCUGCUGCGUGCCCGCGCGCCUCAGCCCCAUCAGCAUCCUCUAUAUCGACGCCGCCAACAACGUGGUCUACAAGCAGUACGAGGACAUGGUGGUGGAGGCGUGCGGCUGCAGGUAG